GUUUAGAAUAAGCUGGUGUGUGGGUUGUUCAUCAUUCUUCUCUUUCUUUCAUCUCUUCACCGUAUCUCUUAGAAUUGGUGAAUUGGUUGAAUUUGAUUUUUCAUAUGACCACAUUCUUCUCAUUUGAGUCGGAUGUUUUGGCAAACUGAACGCUCCUUUCUUUCUAUUGCGAUUUCGUGCUUAUUGUUUUGGUUCUAUCCAACUCUUCGACCGAGAACACCUAUAAAUUAAACAAUCUAUACAUCGAGUGAGCGUUAUCAUUAUUGAAAGAAGUCCCGUCCUAGAGAAAUCUUCAUCCAAGCAUGCUAGGUUUUCUGCCCCAUUUGAAGGAGCAAGAUGAUUUGAUGGUGGUGGAAUCAACUCAUGUUUUGCUGUCAAUUAGGCACAAUGAAUAGACAAACUAGAAGUUGGAUGUAUGACCGCUACAAGGAAAAUGGUAGAGGAUUGAAAAAAGUGUUUGAAAAUGGAGUUAACGAAUUUAUUAGAUUCGCACAAGGGCAAACACGCUAUGCUGAUGGAAGUAAAAUAAGAUGUCCUUGUACAGAGUGUAAAAAUAACAAAUUUGUUGAAGGUGGUGAGGUUUGUUGGCAUUUAUAUACGCAUGGUUUUGUUGAAAACUAUUACAACUGGACUGCUCAAGGAGAACCAAUUGAGCCAGAGUUGUUGCCGCAAAACGUAGGA